CCUGGCCCCUGCGCCAGAUGGCUGUACCUGCGCCCGCCCACUCCUGAGCCGGCAUGCGCUUCGAAUGCUAUGCGGGAAGCGCCCUCUGGAGCUUGAGGCUGAGGUUCGAAGCUGUAUGGCCAAGCUGCAGCGAGGGAGAUAGCAAGUUCGCCACAGCGCCGCACACUUCACCUCCUCUCCACCACCAUCCACACACUCUCUCUCUCUCUCGCGCCCCGUUUUCUUUCUCCCACCGGCAGGUCCGGCUUCGCCUUUGCUUCUUUGCUUCGCCUUCCACACUCCCACGCUGGUCGUGCCCUCUCUUGCUCUGCCUCUUUCCACCUUGGCCCCACCUUUCGACAUCUCCCACACUCAGCCUAGCCAUGCCGCUGCGCCGCUUCCGCACCUCGCCUCGCGGCCGCCAUAUUGCGGCGUACGAGGCGCCGCUCGAGUAUCGCCACGUGCCGAGCGCGGACGUCGACGACGACAUCUCGCUGCCUCCGACCAGCAGCGACAGUGCCUCGGCCUCGAAGCUCAGCUUCGACUCGCUCUCCUCUCUCGACUCCGCCACCGAGCACGCGCUCAGCUCCGACUUCGUCCCGCUCUACUACGUCUCCUCUGAGCGUUUGGCGAUGGAGGUGGCCGACGCCAAGCUCGUCGCCUCGCUCGCGGCGCUGCAGCACGCCGCAUUCCCCAGUGAUCCCUUCGAGUCCGACGCCUGGUACCUCGCCCGGCUGCGCGCCGCCGUCGCCACCGUCUCGGCGGCGCAUCUGCUCGCUGCGCCGCCGCGCGCUCGCUUCGCCCCGGCCAUCAGACGCAAGGCCGUGCCCAAGCUCCACGACCACGUCGACGCUGUGAGCACAGAGCCUGCCGCGCUGCCCGAGGCCGCGCUCGUGGCGCUGCCGCCGUCGCCCACGCCGCGGCUGGGGCGCAAGCGCAGCAACGCCCUCACUCUCUCCGACAGCGAGAUGCACGUCCUUGCCGCCGAUGCGCCCCUGGACGUCUCCAGCGCCGACGAGGCGCUCUCGCCGCUCUACCUCGCCCAACACAUCGACGCGCGCUGCUCGCGCACCAAGCGUCUCUCGACGCGCUUCGGGCGCCGGCGCGCGGCCAGCUCGGUGCCGCCGCCUCUUCCGACCUUGGCGCUCGAUGCGCUGGCGGCAGACUCGCCCGUCACGCCUACGCGCGCCUCGAGCAUCCCUGCGACGACGCCGACGUCUCGCGACGCGCGUCCGGCCGUGCAGCCGCGCUCGCGCCUGCGCCCCGUGCUGCUCCUCUCUUCGCCGCCCGGCUCGCUCUCGCCCUCCUCUUCCUCCGACGAGGAGCGCGCGGCCCAGCAGCAGCAGCAGCAGCAGCCUCUGGCGCUCGACGAGCCGACGCCCCGUCUGCACGCCAGCUUCCUCCAGUCGCUCGAGGCGGCACUCAAGACUCCGCGUCCUGUCGCGGCGCUGGAGGGAUGGGACGCAGUGUAUGCCCAGCUGCAAUUGUCCCCUGCUUCCUCGUUCACGGUGGGCAAGGGACAUCGUCGCAGCGAGAGCGCCAGCUCGGCAGCGACGCAGUACUCGACGUCUUCAGCCGCCACGGACUACUCGACGUCAAGCGGCGACGAAUGCCCUUCCCUCGCCGCCUCGAGCUCGAGCGAGGGCUACGACUCGGACAGCAGCGCCACCACCUUCGCCUCCGCCGCUUCGGCAGACACUUCUUCGCCCAUCGUCCUCUCGGAGCCGCACCUCAAGCAGGCCGCCUCGGGCAAGGAGAGCAGCGGCAGGGCGCCCUCGACGUAUCGUCCCAACUCGAGGCCGAUGCAACGCCUGCUCAGCAAGGGCAGCUGCCACGACUUGGGCGACGCUGCCGCGAGACUGGCGCUCGGACGCACUUUCUCGUCGGACUGAGCAGGCAGGACGCUGCGUCCCCUUACGCUCUGCCCAACCCCCCUCACCCCACGCACUCGCUGCCCUUCUCCGCGUCCACUCCUUCGCCACACGUGUCACCCGCACCUUGAGCGAAGUCGGCGAGGGCGUCUAAUUGCAUUCUCCUUUCCCCCCCUUUUU